CUUACAUCCACUGGGCCGCGCCGCCAUGCGUGCGCGGCCUAUCUCCUUGGUGCUUCCGGACGAGGAGGAUCGAACCCUGGACCUCUGGGGCUUUCUGUCACCUGGGCGCCUGUCAUCCAAAGGUGAUGAGAGGUGUCGGAGUCCCAAAAGCCCAUGGCCCAGUCUAUUGGGAGAGACCCCAAGUGCCAGGAGGAAAGAUCGCUCAGUCUCGCAGCCCUCGGCUGCCAUUGCACGCGCCAUGCAAAGUCUCAGCGCGCCCCAAACGGCUGGGUCGGCCUCCGCCACUGCGCUGCGACGUAGUUCCUCGGGCACGCUGCAGAACUCCAACCGGAGCGCGGCCAUCUUGGAGUUGCCCAGCGUGCGACCGCCGACCAGCCCUGGGGGCCCUGGGUCUCCGGAGUCAGGAGCGCGUCGUGCGUCGUUCUCGGACUACGAGGAUGCUUGUGCCAGGUUGGGCGUGCUGCCCAAGUUUGCCCGUGCCGUUCAGGAGAGAAGAUGCCGAGAAUCUCUGGAGCUCAGUGGUUUGGGCUUUGGCGACUUGCAGCUACAAGCCAUGUUAUGCGAUAGACAUCUACUGCCCCUGGGCAUCCUAUCUCGAUGGCGUCUUCGCGAUGCACGACUCACAGGGCCAGGAGUGGAGGCCUUGGUGUCCAAAUUGCCAGUGCACACCGAGAUGAUGGACCUUUCUCACAACGACAUUGGCCUGAAAGGCAUUUCUGCGAUGGCGAAUCGUUUCCAGAAGAAGCUUCUGCCACAGCUGAGAUGGUUGGACCUGUCGAUGAAUGGCUUGAGAGACGUGGCGAUCGCUCCGUUGACAGCCAGUUUGCUGUUUUGUCCUCUGCUCAUCCGACUGGAGUUGAACCACAACCACAUCGAAGAAGGCCAGGCCCUAGGGGAUCUGCUUUCGGAGCACCCGCGCCUGGCGCGUCUCUCGCUGCAUGGCAACGCGCUGGGCGAAAAGGGCGGCGCCAAAGUCUUCCAGGGCCUGGCGGAGAAUGCCCGCAACGGAGGCCAUUUGUCGGACCUGGACCUGGCGUGGAACCAGUUGGACGGCAGCGACGCAGCGAUGGCCCUGGCAGAGGUGCUACGGAUCUCGGUGACACUUUACCAUCUGGAUCUGAGUUACAACAACUUGGGCCCAGCCAGCUGCCAGAUCAUCGCAGAUGGCUUGAGAGACAACCACUUCCUCUACGGUUUGCACAUUGUGGGCAAUGCAGCCACGAUGGAUGCAGACGGCUUCUUAACACCAGUGAUCGAUAGCCCCAAGGCGUCGUCGUUGCCGACUGGAGAUAAGCCGCAGGCCCAGCAAUUUGGAGAUCUGCGACAGGGCAUCGAUGGAAGACUUGGAGCUCGAUCUACGGAUGCAUCCGGUCUCGGCGUCGGCGCAUGGACCGAUGCUGAUGUGCUGCGUGAGCGUGAUGUCCUGGAGCAGCAGACCACCUGCUGGGCAUGCGAAGGUUGGGAGCGCCUGGAGCUGCAGUGGAGAGUAGAGACUGGAAGUCCAACACCCAAGGCUGUUUGGGCGUUCACCUCCAUCGAUGGCUUCCGCGCCGGCCUUCGCUUGAAGCCUGUGGAAGGAGCGACGCCAGCUGUCUUUGCAGCAGCCCGGAUGGUGCCCAGAGAUGGAAAGAUCCUGGCCAUCUUUCAGGUGGACAGCGAGCUCCGGACCUGCCGGCACUGCGACCUGGAGCGCCUGCCGCUGCCGGUGGAGAUCGAGCUCAGAGCCUGCGAGGAGCUGCCGAUCUUGCAGCCUGAAGAGGUGGUGCGCACAGAGCUGGUGAAUGUGGGUGGUGAAUUUGAACAUCAUCUGAUCCUCAGGAUGGAGACGGCCAGCGUCAUCUCGAGAUCCAGCGAAGCGGGUCGAAGCUCGGGGCGGAGCGUGUUGCUGGACGGCCCCGCAGGACCUGUGCAAAUGCCGCGCGUCACCGAAAGCGAAUUUCGCAUGAGGACCAAAGUUCCUCGUGGGCUGCCAUUCUAUGCUGACUACCAGCGGGAGAACCCCAAACUCAUGGAGGAAUGCUUUCUCUUGGACUGGUCCAGGGCCAAGGUUGCACGCAUUGUGGGGAAAGCCAGCGAAAAGGAUCGCAAAUCCACCGAGGAGGUGGUCUUGGCUCACUACCGUCGUUUCGUGGCCCUCUUCCGGGAGCUCUCGGUGAGCGGCAACGACGCGGGCUUCGGAGGUGUCACGCAGCUGGAGGCAUCAGCCUUGCUUAUGCAAGCUGGUUUGGUGGAUGAUGUCACCAGGGUAGCAGACAUCGAUCGCUGCUUCAUCGCAGCAAAGGUGCUUCCCUUUGACCUGCGGAAAGCAGGGGCCAACGGCACGCUGGGAGACAAGGUGCUCAGCCGUCACCAAUUCUUGGAGAUGCUCUUGCGUGUGGCAGAUCAACGCUACGUUCAGACAGGCAAGUGCAAAUCCAUGUGCUCCGCAGUUGCUUCGGUGAUGAAAUCUUUAGCCGCAGUGGCCGAUGCGAAGGUCUCGGAGUUGGACGGCUUCCAAGAUGCCUUCCAUACGGAUGAGGUGGAUGAUGUCAUCAAGAAACACCAUGGCAUUCUCCAGGAAGUCUAUCGUCGCUACAGCGGUCAUGUCGCUCCUCCCGGCGCUGCGCGGUUCAUGUCCUUCGGUGAGUUUCAGGAUUUGUUGGAAGCAGCAAAGGCCUACAACAACGACUUUGUACCCAGGAGAUGUGGCUUGGCCUUUCGCUUGGGCAUGAUGACGCAGGCAGAUGAGGUCUUUCGCUCACGCUUCCAGGAGAUGAGCUUCCUCGAAUUUCAACAUGCCGUUGGCGUCAUCGCUUGGAUGCGUUCAGGUGGUUUGACCACAGCCUUGUCGGAAGCGGUUGACAGCUUCAUCGUCCAGAAGUUGUCGCCGCUCAGCCGCCGGAACCUGCUCCGCGGCGCGUCGAGCUUCGCGGGCGAGUUCCGCGGCAAGGCGAACAUUGCGAUGACGCCCACGGCCUUCCGAGGGUCAAUGCUGCGAGAUGUUUGAGGGCUGCAUAGGGCUGCCGGGCUAGGGGCCUGCUAGGUCCAGGAAAAUCCAGGAACAGAG